GAGUCAACAGAAUUGAAAUCGAAAUUUUCAUCUUCCUUCCUCCUGUGUGUAUUAAUAGCCAUACAACUCUCUACCUCAAAUCCAAAAGCCUCAGCUCGCAAAAACCAAUUCUCACCCAAAAAUGGCAGCAGUUGGCACAGUACGCGAAUCUCAAGGUUCCGAGAACAGCGUCGAAACCGAAAGCCUGGCUCGUUUCGCCGUCGAAGAAUACAACAAGAAGGAGAAUGCUCUGCUUGAGUUUGUGAGGGUGGUGAAUGAGAAGGUGCAGGUGGUUUCGGGCACUCUGCACUAUCUGACGAUUGAGGUCAGCGACGCGGGGAAGAAGAAGCUCUUUGAAGCCAAGGUCUGGGUGAAGCCCUGGGCCAACUUCAAGGAAGUGCAGGAGUUCAAGCCUGUUGCUGACUCUUAGUUUGUCUUGAGAGGUGAUCGAAGAUAAUGGAAAGUGUAACAUGCUUCUGAAGGUGGGGGAAGCAAAGAAGAUAAGUUUAAAGUUUAAGUGCAAGAAUAAUGAAGGUAAAGUCUGAAUCAGAUGGAGCUACACCACUGUUAAUAUAUGAGUCUGUAGCAUGCCAAUCUUCUACAAAUUUGGGUGUAUACAUGCUUCCGUUGUAGUAUUUAUCUUGUGUCCUAAUUAAUACCAACCCUAAUCACUCGGUAUUGUUGUGUACUUAUUUUUCCAAUUUGAAUGCAAUGUGUUAUAAUUCUAUUCCCUAA